AUGCGAUCCCCCGCAUCCGGCUGUUCCUCUACACCUCCGCCCGACCAGGUGCAAAAGCACAGCACUGCGAUUCUUUACCUCAGCAUCGCAAUGAGUAUCUUUUCAAAGGCUUCUGCUGGCCAGUCGCACGCGACAGCCUCAGGGCCUGCUAAACAUGGCAAAGCCGCUGAGAUGCCAUACCCCAAGAACGAGACAAAUUACGAGGUGGAAAUUGCUGCUACGAGAGGGUCGUUUCGAGUCUACAAGCGACGGUUUUUCGGUCUAUGUCAACUGGUACUGCUGAAUAUCGUUAUCAGCUGGGACUGGCUCACCUUCUCCUCGAUCUCUUCGACAUCGGCUGAAUAUUUUCAAGUUUCCGAGAGCACGAUCAACUGGCUGAGCACUGCUUUCCUGUUUGCAUUUUGUGUUGCAACACCAGCGGUUAUGUACAUGCUGAACAAAGGCGGACCAAAAUCUGUCAUAAUCACUGCCUCGGUCCUGAUUCUGAUCGGGAACUGGAUUCGAUAUGCCGGCACAAAGGCCCAAGGUGGCAUCUUUGGCGUCGUCAUGUUUGGCCAGCUACUGUUGGGCUUCGCCCAGCCGUUUGCUUUGGCAGCGCCCACGCGAUAUAGUGACCUGUGGUUUAGCGAACAGGGACGUACCAGUGCUACGGCUUUCGCAACUCUGGCCAACCCGUUGGGCGCAGCCAUCGGCCAGCUUGUUGAUUCUUUCUGGACUGUGAAACCGAGCGAUAUCCCCAACAUGGUGCUUUGGAUUUCAGUUAUAGCGACAAUUACCUGUAUACCUUCAUUAUUCAUCCCAGCACGACCGCCCACACCGGCGAGUGCGUCAGCGGCAGUCGCCAAAACUCCAUUUGGCGAAUCCAUCCGCGGAAUUGUGCGGUUCCGCGAAUUCUGGCUGAUCUUCAUUGCCUUUUCUGUCUACGUUGGCUUCUUCAACAGCGUUUCCACGCUGAUUAACCAGAUCCUUCUUCCAUAUGGCUUCUCUGAAACAGACGCCGGCAUUGCCGGUGGUGUCCUCAUUGUCGCCGGUCUAAUUUCGUCGGCGAUUGUGUCGCCCAUCAACGACCGAUAUAAGCAAUAUUUGCUUGUGAUCCGCAUCUGCGUGCCCGUCCACGCCAUUUCCUAUAUUGGUCUUUACUUUGCCCCCUCUAGCCCCUAUGGCCUCGCUCCGAGUAUCGUCGUCUGCGCCCUCCUUGGCGUGAGCGCCUUUGCCUUGCUGCCCGUCGUGCUCGAGUAUCUCGUCGAGAUCACGUACCCGUACUCGCCUGAGAUCAGCAGCACUUUACUCUGGAUGGGUGGCCAGCUCCUCGGCGGCAUCUUCACGAUUAUCCAAACAGAACUCAAGGCCGGACAAGAUGGCGCCCAUCCGCCACAGAACAUGAAAAGAUCGCUUAUUUUCAGUGCUGUCAUCGCUUGCGUCGUCGCGCUGUUUCCGUUGACGCUGAAUGUUAUUGGUCCUAAGAUCGUGAAUAGACGCCUCGAGGCUGAUUGGAAUGAUAUACAUCAUGCUCAUAAUCGAGAUCUGGAUGUUCCGUUGCAGAACAGGAAUAAUACUGCUGAGGCCCGCGUCACUGAUCAGUAA